AUGUGUAUCGGGAAGCUUUUCCAAGCCUGUUGCCGCCACCAGGCCAGGAGAUCAGGAAUCUUACAGCAUGCCUGUCAGUCUCUGAACUCGGCACCGGGGAGGAAUUAUACAUCCUGUCCCUAUAAAGCUGUGAUCUUUGAUAUGGGUGGUGUUCUCCUUCCUUCCCCCUUCAGACUGGCUGCAGAGUGGGAGGUCCGGAACGGUGUCUCUCCUGGCACCCUCCUGCAGGCCUUAAUAUCUGGAGGGGAGAACAGGCCCUGGACGAGGUUCCUGAGAGCGGAGCUGAGCCCAGAAGAGUUCCUGCAUGAAUUCGGGCAGCAGUGCUCCGAGAUCGCAGACUCCUCCAUCCCAGUGGCCUCUUUUUUUUCUGCUCUCACCAGCAAGGCCACGUCCAAACAGCUCCCAGUUAUGACGGAGGCAAUAAAGUGCAUCCGGACUGAAGGCCUGAAGACGGCAGUGCUGAGUAACAAUUUUUAUUUACACAGCGGAGAAAGCUUCCUACCUCUGGACCGGAAACAGUUUGAUGUGAUAAUCGAAUCCUGCCGGGAAGGGAUCUCCAAACCAGACCCUCGUAUCUACAAGGUGUGCUUGGAGCGUUUGGGUGUUCAGGCGAAAGAGUGCAUCUUUCUGGACGAUGUUGGGCAGAACCUCAAAACCGCUGUCCAGCUUGGCAUUAAAACGGUGAAGGUGGAUGACCCGGAUCUGGCUGUUCGCGAAUUAGAGGCCUGCUUGGGCUUCCCUUUGCAGCGCUUCAUUCCAUACACCCGCCCUGUGAGGCCCACCAUGGAAAUCCCCAAAGAGCCCCUGCAGAAAUACCUUGAAGGUGUUUUGGGGGCUCUGGCAGAAGGACCUCUGCUACUGCGGCAGUUCAGCCACGGGCAGUCCAAUCCGACUUACUACGUCCGGUUCGGGGAUCACCAGUUGGUCCUUAGGAAGAAGCCGCCCGGCAAGCUGCUGCCCUCCGCUCACGCUGUGGAGAGAGAGUACAGGGUUUUAAAGGCUCUUGCAGACGCUGGCAUCCCAGUUCCAAAAGUUCUCUCUCUGUGUGAAGAUUCAAGCAUCCUCGGCACCCCCUUCUACCUGAUGGACUACUGCACCGGUCGGAUUUUCAAGGACCCCUCCCUUCCAGGACUUGAGCCCAGCCAGCGGAAGGAGAUCUAUGCUGCCAUGAGCAGAGUCCUCUGUCAGAUCCACAGUGUAGACAUCAAAGCAGCUGGCCUGGAGGAUUACGGAAGGCAAGACAACUACAUUCAGCGGCAAGUCCAGACCUGGAGCAAGCAGUACCGUGCCACGGAGACGCACGCGAUCCCAGCCAUGGAGAGGCUCAUGGCGUGGCUACCCACCCACCUGCCGGCCAGCCAGCAGCUCUCUGUGGUGCACGGAGACUUCAGACUGGACAAUCUGGUCUUCCACCCGGACAAUCCAGAGGUCGUCUCCGUCCUGGACUGGGAACUCUCCACCUUGGGCGAUCCUCUUUCCGAUGUGGCCUACAGCUGCCUGGCGUACUAUUUGCCGUCUCACUUCAGCAUUCUAAAAGGUUUGAGCGACUGCGAUCUGAGCCUGCUGGGCAUCCCCACGCCAGAGGAAUAUGUCCGGCUGUACUGCGACCACGUGGGCAUCCCGCCCAUCGAGAACUGGAACUUCUACAUGGCCUUUUCCUUUUUCAGAGUGGCGGCGAUCCUGCAAGGGGUGUACAAGCGCUCGCUCACAGGGCAGGCCAGCUCAGCAACGGCCGAAAGCAGCGGGCGGCAGGCGGAGCUGAUGGCCGAGCUCGGCUGGGACUUCGCCACCAAAGAAGGCUUCCGUGUCUUCAAAGGGCUUUCAGUCCCCAGGCCUCCAGGCACGCAGGCCGGUCCCAGCCCAUCCCCGAGGAGGAGCUAUGCCACGGGGCCCCACCCCAGGCCGGCUCCCGCAUCCAAGUCUCACCUGGUCAUCUCCCCGGAAGGCCUGCCCGGCCGAGUCCAAGAGCUGCACCGCAAGCUGGAGAGAUUCAUGGACGUCCACAUUUAUCCGGCUGAGCAGGUCCUGCGAGACCACCAGGCUGCCCAGAGCAGGUGGACUCCGCACCCCCUCACAGAGGAGCUCAAGGACAGGGCCAAGUCCGAGGGCCUCUGGAACCUUUUCAUACCAGCGGAGAGUGACCCAGACUUGAAAUAUGGAGCAGGCCUGACAAAUCUAGAGUAUGCCCACUUGUGUGAACUGAUGGGGACUUCGCUGUAUGCACCCGAGAUAUUCAACUGCUCUGCCCCGGACACAGGCAAUAUGGAGGUGCUGAUACGUUAUGGCACGGAAGCACAGAAGGAACGCUGGCUGCAGCCUCUGCUGGAGGGCAAGAUCCGCUCCUGCUUUGCUAUGACGGAGCCGCAGGUUGCUUCCUCCGAUGCUACCAACAUCGAGGCGUCCAUCACUGAGGGAAAGGGCAUCUAUGUUCUGAACGGACGCAAAUGGUGGAUUUCGGGCUCCCUGGACCCUCGUUGCCAACUCUGCAUCUUUAUGGGCAAGACUGACCCUUCAGCCCCAAGGCACAAGCAGCAGUCGAUGCUCCUCGUUCCUAUGAACACUCCUGGGAUUACAGUCACUCGGCCACUCACCGUGUAUGGCUUGGAUGAUGCUCCAGCCGGCCAUGGGGAGAUCACGUUUGAAAGCGUUUGUGUUCCCCAAGAGAACAUCUUGCUGGGUCCUGGCCGGGGGUUUGAAAUCGCCCAGGGGAGGCUGGGCCCAGGAAGGAUACAUCACUGCAUGAGGCUGAUCGGCCACGCGGAAAGAGCCCUGUCUCUCAUGAAGGAGAGGGUGACGUCCCGCACAGCCUUCGGGAAGCCCUUAGCGGAACAAGGCACCAUCAGGGCGGCCAUCGCUGAGUCCCGGGUUGAAAUUGAGCAGGCCCGGCUGCUAGUCCUCAAGGCAGCCCACCUCAUGGAUGUCGUUGGAAAUAAGGAAGCUGCUCCAGAGAUCGCCAUGAUCAAAGUGGUGGCUCCAAACAUGGCGUUACGGGUCAUCGACCGGGCUGUCCAGGCCUUUGGGGCGGCAGGACUCAGCAGCGACUAUCCACUGGCACAGUUCUUUGCCUGGGCGCGAGCUCUCCGCCUGGCCGACGGCCCGGACGAAGUCCACCGGGCAGCCAUCGCCAAAAUGGAACUGAAGCGUUAGCUGGGCCACAAGCCAUGGCCAGGAACAGCUUUACCUUCUGUUAGCUGGAGGUGGGAAAGGAAUCCUGGGCCACGGCUUUGAUGGGGGUCUGAGGCGGCACGGACGAAUGUGGGCCGUUUGUAAUUUUCCUGUGGCACUUUGGCUAAUCAUAAGCACAAUCAAUUGUGGGGAAAAGAAUCACAGAAGCAGGCUGCUCAGGGGAUUAGGGGCCCAGCUAAAAUCCCAGCAACUUCAGGGAUUCUCGAGAAGAGAUCCAGCACCCAAAAAUCGUUGACGGCUGGACCGUUCUGGAUUUCGGCGACUUACUCGGCCACACUUUGGUUAGCAGAGAACUGCUGACGGCUCCCAAGGCACUCCUGCUCCUGUGAGGGAAGGUCAGGAGCCUGGAUCUCAGUUGAAUAUCCUGAACACGGACAGUGGGGAAAGAAGUCAAGGAUUUCCCCAAGGACCUCUGGCAGAGUAACCCCGCCACCACUUCUUUGUGUUUUGUGGGGAUUUGCACUUUAAUGUGGUACUUCACUGAUGUAAUUUUUUUAAGAGGAUGGAAAGGAUCAAGGGGGAAGAAGCAGACUGAUUUUGAAGCACCUUACAAAACCGGUUCUAAAAGCAAAUUAAAAAGAACACC